AUUGUCGUUCGUUCAUUGGCCGUUAACGAAGAUAAGUGGCGACCGAGCGCCACGCAGCUCCAUGCGCUCGGAACAUAUUCGCUCAUUCCUCAGUAUUUGUCCAGACUCCAGACGCGCAAGCCGUUAGCCGCGCAACAUCGAACACCCUCAGCCCUCAACCGCCACUCCAACAAAAUGGUUCUACAAAUUAAUUCAGUGCUGGUCGUCGAUGGCGUCGGGUCCAACUGCACGGACAUACUCAACUCGCAUGGCAUCAGUGUGAUCAACAAGCCGAAGAUCAGCAAAGAAGAACUGCUCCAAGAGAUACCGAAAUAUGACGCGUUAGUGGUAAGAUCAGCGUCUCAAGUGACCAAGGAAGUGCUGGAAGCUGGCGCGAAGCUGAAGGUGGUGGGCAGGGCUGGUGCUGGCGUGGACAACAUCGACGUCACGGCCGCGCAGGAGAGAGGCGUGGGGGUCAUCAAUGCCCCCGGAGCAAAUGCCCUCAGCGCCUGCGAGCUGACCUGCAGCCUGAUCCUCAACCUGUCGAGGCAUGUGGUCCCUGCCGCCGCAGCCCUGCGCGCCGGCAGGUGGGACCGCGCCCUCUACACCGGCACGGAACUCAACGGCAAGACUCUCGCCAUCCUCGGUCUCGGCAGGGUCGGCAGAGAAGUCGCCGUCCGCAUGCACUCCUUCGGCAUGAAGAUCAUCGGCUACGACCCGUUCGUGACGGCGGAGCAGUGCACCAGCUUCCACGCCACCAAGAUGGAGCUCGAGCAGAUCUGGCCUCUGGCUGAUUACAUUACACUGCACACUCCUCUCAUUGCCUCUACUAAAAAUUUCAUCAACGCCAAAGUCCUGGGGCAAUGUAAGAAAGGCAUCAAGAUUGUUAACGUAGGACGCGGCGGUCUUAUCCAGGAACGUGACCUCCUCGAUGGACUGAACUCUGGGCAGGUUGGCGGAGCAGCUCUUGACGUCUUCGAGCAGGAGCCGCCUUCAGAUCCUCUGACCUUGGAGAUCAUCCAGCACAAAGCUGUCAUUGCCACUCCUCAUUUAGGUGCUUCAACGAAGGAAGCCCAAGUGCGAGUGGGUCAGGAGAUAGCGGAGCAGCUGGUGAACCUCGUGAAGCCUGGCAGCUACAGCACUCCCCUCGCCGAGGUCACCCGUGUCCUCAACAAGCAGGCUUGAACAUGGAGUUCCAUUAUAUCUCUCUGUUACAAUCUAUAUUUAAGUAUAGUUUAAUUUAUUCUGGUAAAUAAUAACACUGGUCUGCAGUAUUAUUGUCUCAAAAGUAAAAUAAAUAAUAUUAAUUUGCAGACCAGUGUAAUUACCAGUAACAAUAUGUACUUAAUACACACUCAAAUAAAUAUUUACAUUUAUCUAUAUAAUGGGUAGUAUUAAGUACAUAUUGUUACUGGUAAUAAGUUAUUAUGUUAAGUCUAGUUAGACUAACAGCCAGUUUCUUCAUCAAAAGUUAAAGCCAAAGUAAAAGUCAAAGUAAUGUUUAAAGUUAAAGUAACGGUCAAAUUCAAUUUUUUUUCUAUUAGUUUUGCUGUCACUUUAGCCUUGAAAAAACGAAUUUGACCGUUACUUUUACUUUAGACAUUACUUUAACUUUAACUUUUGACGAAGAAACUGGCCGUAAGUUUCGUUAGGUUAGGUUUGUAUUAAAGUUAUUUACAAAUAUUAACAGAAUGUAUGUUUUUUUUGAAAUAAAAUAAGUUGAGAAAAGGUAAUAAAACAGUUAAAAAGUUAAGUUAAAAGGAAAAAAAAUAGAAUAUUUUGACCAGGGGCCCGAUUCUCCUAAGUUAAUAAUGUCAAAAUCGACUAAGAAAAAAUAGCGGAAUGCCACUUAGGCCUCGGCCUCGAAUUUUGCGGGCAGCGGGGCGGCAGCGGCGGGACGGGACGGCGACGCGACACAAUGUACUGAAUCGUCGCGUCACGUCGCGUCGAGCGGGACGGCUCUGUGUGGCGGCCUCCGUAAUAUCUAGUACAUUACAACUGCUCAGUGUCGCGUCGCCGUCCCGUCCCGCCGCGCCGCGCCCGCUGUGUGCAGAGACCUUUAUCAUGUGACUGGCAUAGGUCACUGAUAAGGUAUUUCAGUUGUUUAAUUUAACUGUCUAAAGGUUCCUGGAGAGCUUUUUCAGACUUGUAACUUUCCCAAUGUUGAUUCAUGCAUGUUGUUUUUCAUUAAUUAGAAGCUGAUUGUGAAUGCAUCAAUAAAUUAAUUAAUAUAAUGAAAUAAAGUCUUAUUAUUUCCUGAUAC